UCUAGGCUACAGCGGUAUCCCAGGCCGUACAGCCGAUUCAUUUUACAGAGCGCUGCAGGCUGUCGCUCCACGAGACGACCGCAGUCUCAUUGUAACCUGCAGGAAGCAUCGGUUGCACGUCCCGGAGACAAGAGGUGUUUUCUGCGUUUAAAUUUAAUGGCGGACGAGCCAUACAGGAAAACGCUCUGAAGGCUUUGCAGUUAAAUAACAGGUCACUGCAAGAGCAGGUCCCAGCAGGAAUACUUCACAAUGGAUGGAGAUGAAGAGGAGAAUAUGAGUUCAAGCAGCGCUGAUGUGAAGGAAAACUGCAAUCUGGACAACGUGUCGUCCAAAGAAGGGGGAGGCGAGGCAGUCCAGCUCCCCAAUGGCAGCGGAGGCGGGGGCAGGAAGCGCCCCCUGGAGGAGGGUAAUAACGGGCACGCCCACUCCAAGUUUCGCGCCAAAAAGCGCAAGAAGACGCCGGGGCCCGUCCUGCCCAAGAACGCGCUGAUGCAGCUGAACGAGAUCAAGCCGGGCCUGCAGUACAGGCUGCUGUCGCAGACGGGCCCCGUGCACGCCCCCGUCUUCGUCAUGACCGUGGAGGUCAACGGGCAGCUCUUCGAGGGCUCGGGCCCCACCAAGAAGAAGGCCAAGCUGACCGCGGCGGAGAAGGCGCUGCGCUCCUUCGUGCAGUUCCCCAACGCCUCGGAGGCGCACCUGGCCAUGGGGCGCACGCUCACCGUCAACACCGACUUCACGUCCGACCAGGCCGACUUCGCCGACGUGCUCUUCAACGGCUUCGAGACCCCGGCCCCGCCCGAGGACUCCUUUUACCUGGGCUCCAACGGCAACGGGGCCCUGGGCUCCCCGGGGGAGGAGCCCCCGACCGCGGGGGCCGGCGCCUCCAGCCCUGCGCCGUCCCCGCUGCCCGCCCCCUCCAGCGCCAAGAACCCCGUCAUGAUCCUGAACGAGCUGCGGCCGGGGCUGCGGUACGACUUCGUGUCGGAGAGCGGCGAGAGCCACGCCAAGAACUUUGUCAUGUCCGUCACCGUGGACGAGCAGACCUUCCAGGGCUCCGGCCGCAACAAGAAGCUGGCCAAGGCCCGCGCGGCCCAGGCCGCCCUCUCCGCGCUCUUCAACAUGCAGCUGGACCAGACCCCCUCCCGUCAGCCAAUCCCCCGCGAGGGCCUGCAGCUGCACCUCCCGCAAGUCCUUGCAGAUGCUGUGUCCCGGUUGGUGGUGGACAAGUUCAGCGAGCUUACGGAUGGCUUCACAUCUCCUCACGCACGACGGAAAGUUCUGGCUGGCGUUGUCAUGACAACAGGCACAGAUGUGAAAGAAGCCCAGGUGAUCUGCGUUUCCACGGGAACCAAGUGCAUUAACGGCGAGUACAUGAGUGACCGCGGGCUCGCGCUGAACGACUGCCAUGCGGAGAUCAUAGCGCGCCGGUCCCUCAUCAGGUACCUGUACACUCAGCUGGAGCUCUUCCUCGGCAGUAAGAAGAACGAGCAGCAGAAGUCCGUAUUCAGCCGCUGUGACAGUCAAGGCUACAGGCUGAAAGACAACGUUCAGUUUCAUCUCUACAUCAGCACUUCACCCUGCGGCGAUGCUCGAAUCUUCUCACCGCAUGAAGUGGGCGUGGAGGACCAGGGAGACAGGCACCCAAACAGGAAGGCGCGGGGUCAGCUCCGGACCAAGAUUGAGUCUGGUGAGGGAACGAUCCCAGUGAGGUCCAGCAACACCAUCCAGACAUGGGACGGGGUUCUGCAGGGGGAACGGCUCCUCACCAUGUCCUGCAGUGACAAAAUCACCAGGUGGAACGUGGUGGGGGUCCAGGGCUCACUGAUGAGCUACUUCACAGAGCCCAUCUACUUCUCCAGCAUCAUCCUGGGCAGCCUGUACCACGCAGACCACCUGUCCCGCGCCGUGUACCAGCGCAUCGCCGACAUCGAGGACCUGCCCCAGCCCUUCACCCUCAACCGGCCGCUGCUGAGCGGGAUAAGCAAUGCUGAGGCCCGCCAGCCAGGCAAAGCCCCCAACUUCAGCGUUAACUGGACGGUGGGCGACCAGGGGCUGGAGGUGAUCAACGCCACCACCGGAAAGGACGACGCAGGGCGGCCGUCUCGCCUCUGCAAGCACGCCCUCUACAGCCGCUGGGUGCGCCUGCACUCCAAGCUUUCCUCGACCCUGAGAUUCCAGACGCCCAGGCCAGGCUUGUACCACGAGGCCAAGCAGGUGGCUCUGGAGUACCACGUGGCCAAGCUCGCGCUGAUUAAGGCUUUCCACAAGGCGGGGCUCGGGGCUUGGGUGAAGAAACCUAUCGAGCAGGACCAGUUCUCCCUGAACUCCUGAGAGGGGGGGUUGGGGCUAGGGGAGGGGCCAAACUCAAAUCAGCCACUGAGACUGUGUGUGUUCAUCCCCGAUACGAAGACCCUCCCCCCCGCCCCCGGCGACUCAUCACACUUCGCUUUCAUACCACCCUGCCGUAACACCAUUCCUAAAUUUCCACGCGUGUACUUUUAAAUGUUUCUGGUCUUUUUUUUUUUAGUGUCAGUCCUCUCUGUUCUUAUUAAGUUCAGGUUCAUAAUGCAAAGGCGCAAUUUUAAACUGGAAACCUGAGACGGUAUUUUUGGUUUGCUGCAGGAUUUUUAUUCUGUUAUGAAGCGGGAAGGUAAUGUUUUUUUAAUGAAGGCGAAGGAGGAAAAAAUAAGAAAAGAGCCUGUUGGCUGGAAGAGCUCGUCGAUGCCAAAUCGAAAGAGUUUAGCCCAGAACUCUCUGUGUUCUCUCAGCUGUGUUCUGUGCAGGGAUCCUGAGAAUCAUCCUCUUUCUGCAUCUCUCCACUGGUUCUGCAUGUUUAACACACACACGCACACGCACACACACACACACACACCACACACUACAUACCACACACCACACACUACAUACCACACCACACACCUCACACAUACACACCACACAAAACACAACA